AUGGGGUGCAAGCCUUCGACCCUCGGGCCUCAUGCCCGAGACAGCUCUAACGCUGGUGCUAAUGCAGCUCACGCUGUUGCCUCGCUGCCUACAGACGCGGCUGCAGGGAGAGCUGAAAAUGACUCCUUUGCUGCUGCUGCUGCUGUUGAGCACGCAGCAGAGAUACCCGUAGGCGCUGCGCCGGCUGGCGACAGCAGCUGCACCAACAGCUGCAGCGCCAGCAAGGGCCCAGGAUUGCGUCUGCGUCUCGUCUCUCUCAAGCCGGAUUUCAAGAAUUUCUCUUCUCCUCGCGCGUCUCUUGCAAGCGGCUACGACAAGCUGAAGCGGGGUGCUUCUUCCCUCAAGGCAGCAAUGACUCCCCGCACUGCAACUCCUGGUGCAUCCCCUCGAGAUGCAGAGGCCCUUGAGGCCCCAGGCGGCCCCCACUUCAUCGCUUCGGACGCAAUUAAAGAAGCAGAUAACGCAGCCUGUCUCGACGUCGCAGAAACCAAAAGCCAGGCCGUAAGUGGCCACCUACACACGGUCGUGGAGGCUGCUGCAGCAGGCGACAGAAAGGCAGAAGAAACAAGUAACCACAGAGACACUAAAGAACUCCACACGGAAUUGAUCAACAAAGACUCCCCAUCUCCCCAGCAGCUCAAGGCACUCUGGAUCCUCAUGAAGAUCAAUGCUGCAGCGUCGCCGCAGCAAACGAUGCAGUGGUUGCAUGACCUGGAGGUUCUCCUUGUUACUCUUGAUCCUGUAGAAAGGCAGCAACCUACCCGCAGCAUCCUGCUGGAGGCGAAGGCCCUCGAGAUCUGCCUCCGUCCACUCAGCCAGUCCCCCGAGGAGGUUCAGCUUUGUGUGUCGUCUCUAGCAGUCAUUGUCCACCUCUGCAUGGCAAAAGAAGCGUCUGAAAGACUUCUUGAACUCGGAGGCAUCGACAUCACCGCGAGAGUGCUAAAGAAAUAUUUUUCCAAGGCCAAAAGGUUGCUACGAGACAUUCCGCAGAUGCAUGUUGUCCCUGAAGAAGCGGCAGCAGCAGCAGCCGACGACCAGCAGCAACAGCAUCAGCAGCACGAGGGGCUUCAGCGGUGGGAGGAUAUACCUGAACCCCCAACUCCAGCACCGACACCCGCAGGCGUCUCAGGCACCAAUUCAAACUUCCAAGGGGGCCCUACAACUCCGCAACAACAGCCGAUCCUGAAAGGUGCAGCAGCAGUAGCAGAAGCCGUCGAUUCAUCUCACAAAGAAGCUAAUCAAUCUGCAGAUGCAGCAGAAGACACGCCCACGCCUCAAGAGCAAAGCACAUCAUCCCCUGCGGUAGCGAACCCAACAGCAACAGCAGAAGCAGCAGAAGCUGCAGAAGCUGCAGCAGCAGUGGAUGAUACACAACCAGCAGGAGUAGCGUCUCCCCCAGCAGCAGCCAAUGCCUCUCCUGAACCUUCUACCAAGCCCCAAAGCAACGGGCAAAUAGCAGCUUUCAGGCGCGCGUGUUCGAAGCUUCAGCAGCAGCUGCAGCAGAAGCUGGGCACCUCCACUGACACGACACAGGUAACACAGGAGCAGCUGGACAGUGCCAUGAGAGAACUGAAACUCCUCGUGGAGUUUAUGACCCUCGUGUGGAGACUCGUGUUUGCAACCAGCCUCGACGGAGACGAGUUCGCACAGCGGUGGGCCAGUCUAGGAGUCCCUGAGUUGGCGAUAGAAGCCCUGGGGUCCUCGGAGGCGGUGUUUAAGGAGAAUGGUUUUGUCUGCUGGGGCUUGGGGUCGCUGCGAUUCAUCCCUUUAGCUGUGCCUUCCGUGGCCGAAACGUAUGUACACUCCAAGAUGCUACUCCCCGUCGCCUUCGACCGCAUGGAACUCCACCACACAGACCCUCUCGUCCUUGAAAACGGCCUCGCAGUCCUUGCAAACUACCAACGUAAACAACCUGCGAACAGCCAGCUCUUCAGCAAACAAAGACCAGACGCAUGGGCCAAGUGUGUGUCUUGGUUGUUAGAAGAAGAGUCCCUGUCUCGUGUCGAUGUUUUGUUCCAAGGGCUCUUUGCUCUAGGUCUUGCAUGCAGCUACUGUCCUCUUGCAGCGAAGCGCGUUAGAGAAGCAGGAGGCCUUCUGUUAACAGACAAAGUCCUCGAGGAUAACAGCCAGCUGCCCCGACAGCCUUCAAAUUCCAGCACGGUGGACUCCAAGUUGGCUACUCUGCAGCAAUUUGCUGAGGGUUUACGUUUGCUGCUGCUGAGAUCAGAGCAAGCAGAAGCGGCAGAGAGUGCAGCAGCAACGAAGGAAGAAGCUGCAGCUGCAGCGGCCGUUCCGGUAGACGCCAAGAAAACCACUUCUGCUGCUCCCGCAGCUGAUGGUCCUGCUGAUGUUACCGCGCCAGCUGCUGCUCCAGCUUCGCGAGAUGAAGACAAGGCACCAGCAGCCGAAGAGAGCAACAAGGAAGCCAGUAGCUCUGCCGCAGCAGACAUCCAGGCUGCUGACGACCAACAGGCAGAGGCGACGAAAGAGUUUGUGUUGAAGGCCGAAGAAGAGAGCCGCAAGCUCUGCAAAAAAGCAGAAGAAGAAAAGAAAGAAGAGGAAGAGACAGCUGCUGCCCCCCACCCUGGGGACAUUCCAAAGGAGACAGAAGACACUGAAGCCCAAGCAACGGAUUCACAAAUCAAGGACAACGCAGCAGAAGAACAACCAAACAAACCAUCGACCACAGAACAAAACGACCAGUAG